AUGAUGCACAUCAACAGCAAGAAUGAGAAGAAGCAGCCAAAACUGAACUUGAUGACGAUGGGCGCCCUACCACUGGAUAUUCUUAUCGACAUCCUUUCAAGAAUGUCCGUAAAUUCGAUUUGUUGCAUGAGAUGUGUAUCCAAGGCCUUGUUAAGGACGGUUGACGAUCCCUCUCUUGCCACAAUGCACAUGCGGCGCCGUUUUCUAACUACUUGUUCUACUACUACCACUGAAGUUCCUCGACUUGUUGUUCUUGAUGAGUCUCCCUAUCAUAAACAAAACGUGUUGUAUCCAUUGAAGUACGAUGGUAACGACUUAUUGACCAAGAGCAAGCAUGCAAUUGUUUCAUAUUUCGGAUCUAGACAAUGUUUUUAUUCACAUGCUUUUGUUUUCUGCAACCUGUUUGGCUUUACUGGUCUUAAUCCAAAGCAUGGAAGGUCAUGCUUGUUGGUGAAUCCUUUCAAGGGAGAAGUUCUAAUGCUCCCAUUCGCUAGUGACGUCCUAGUUCCAGCCAAUAGUCUCUACAGUGUUGAUUAUUAUGGCAUGGGAUUUGAUAAUAUAACCAACAGCUUCAAGAUUGUUCGCGUUUCCAGCAAUAAAAAAGACUACAUGGUGUCUGAAAUUCUUGUAUUGGGGACAAGCUCAUGGCGGGCGUUACCCACGGUUCCUCCCUGCUUUCCUACAAGCAAGUCGGCAUAUGCACAUGGAGAUAUCCAUUGGUUGGUUUAUGGAGAUGGCGAGUUGUUUGUACGUAUACUUUCUUUUGACUUUAAGAAAGAAGAGUUCUACUGGAUGCCACAUCCUGCACCCUUGGGGAAGAAGCCAGAUCUCUGGAACUUUCUUCACUUGAUUAAUUUAAGAGGAUCUUUGGCUCUAGUGAAUGUUUCUUCACCAGAAAAUAAACAUAUGACAAUAUUUGAGCAGAGACCAUAUAUUGAGAUAUGGGAAUUGAAAAAUUACGACGUCAAAGAGUGGGUCCUAAAUUAUAAAAUAUAUUCGGAACAAUGUCUUUUUAUAUUUUGGAAGCCUGCUAGUUUUUCCAAGUGCGAAGAAUGGGAGCACGGCAUAUUUUUCAAUCAGGAGAGUUGGCCCAAUAACUGCAUAUUCUUAGUGGAUCUAAGACAUGUUUCCAUUAAUUGUAUACUACUCAAAGGUGAAAUUACAAUCCACAGUUGUAUCGACAGCAUAAUUUCUCUAAACAAUUAUGGAGAUUUGAUUGAAGCAGAAGAAGAACAAGGUAUUACUGAAUUCCCCAUGCCCCAUAAAACUUGGGAGAAUCUGAUUAACUCUGCUGAAGAAAGUGGGAGAGAUUUUUGUUACUUGAAAACACAGAAGGAGUCCGCAUCCAUUUCUUGGGAUCGCAGUAGCAUUUGUAUUUAA